ACAGAGGCAGUGUUACAAAAAAAAUGCGCUAACGAGGAAAAUAAAGACAUUCGUCAUCCGACUGUAGGCUGUAUAUUAGGUCACAGCCUACCAGAACAGGAAUCCUUAGUGUUCUUUACGGGACCCAGGGACAGGGCUGUGCGUCACGAAGGCAGAUCUCGUUGCUCCAUCAACGAAUGAGAACGAAAAACUGUCUUUCGCUUAGGUAAUAGCUCUAUAGGGACGUUUCCAUUCCGUUUGUCCUUAUGUAAAUGAUGGUCGCAUUUACGUUUUCAAUAGGCAAGCCCUUUCAUUUUAAAUGGAUCCAGAUUUGAAACUUGUUUUGAUUGUAGAAUAAGCUAAGAAAUAGAAAAAAGUUGUCCAUCCCACCGUACUCUCUCUCUCUCCCCCCCUCUCUCUAACACACACACACAUACACACACACACCCAACACCACCCCCUUCUAUCUCGCACUCCCUGUCCACUCUCUUACAACAAACAUGGCCGCUAAAUCUGAUGGAGCAGCCGUGUCUUUGCAGAAUGAGAUCCCAGCUCCGAGCCUGCCUAGUCCCGAACAACAACGGCUACAGUAUCGUCAUGUCGUGAGGCAUUACUCGCUCCUGGACUGUUGCUGGGUGUUUUGCGCCCUACUGGUAUUUUUCUCGGACGGGGCAACGGACCUGUGGCUGGCUGCGGACUACUACCUGAGACGGGAGUACUGGUGGUUCGCCUUGACGCUGGUUUUCGUGGUCGUCCCAUCUGUGGUGGUGCAAGUUUUGAGUUUCAGGUGGUUCAUGUACGACUAUUCGGAUAUGAAUGGCAGCGGAAGCGGAGCCGCAGCGGUGAGUUCGGCCGCGGCCGCUGCAGCAGCGUCCACAGGAGACGGUAAUUUCAGCACCAAGGCCAGUGGACAGCGGGGCGCUGGCAGCUCUGGUGGGGCUGUGGCAGCGCCCAACGCGGGCAGGAGGAGCGGCAUUCAGAGGUGCUGCAGAGCUUGCGUCUGGCUGUUUCAGAGCAUCAUUCACAUCUUGCAGCUGGGACAGGCUUGGAGGUACCUCCAUGCGCUGUACCUGGGCGUGCAGAGCCGCUGGAGGGGGGAGCACGAACGACAGCACUACUACUGGCGCAUGAUGUUCGAGAGCGCUGACAUCAGCAUGCUGCGGCUACUGGAGACCUUCCUCAAGAGCGCCCCCCAGCUGGUGCUGCAGCUCAGCAUCAUGAUCCACAGCAACGAGGUCCAGCCCCUGCAGGGCCUCUCUGCCUCUGCCUCUCUGGUGUCUCUGGCCUGGAUGGUAGCAUCAUAUCAGAAGGUAUUGCGGGACUCUCGUGAUGAUAAGCUGCCCAUGUCCUACAAGGCGGUGAUGGUCCAGAUCCUGUGGCACCUGUUCACCAUCGGGGCGCGCACCAUCGCCUUUGCGCUCUUUGCCUCUGUGUUUCAGCUGUACUUUGGCAUCUUCAUCGUCACCCACUGGUGCAUCAUGACCUUCUGGAUCAUCCAGGGAGAGACGGACUUCUGCAUGUCCAAGUGGGAGGAGAUCAUCUACAACAUGAUGGUGGGCAUCAUCUACAUCUUCUGCUGGUUCAACGUGAAGGAGGGCGGGGCGCGCUGCCGUCUGCUAGCAUACUGCCUGGUGACGCUCGUGGAGAACGUGGUGCUCACCGCCCUCUGGUUCCUCCACCGCGGCGCCCACACCUCUGACUUUUGCGCCCUGGUGGUGGUGUGCGUGGUGCUAUGCAGCUACGCCUUCGGCACCUUUUUCAUGUUCAUCUACUACUGCCUGCUCCAUCCUGACGCUGCCAUCACUGCUGGCCAAUGGGGUUGCAUGGGGGACAGUGGGGAGACGGAACCUGGCCUUUCUCCUGUCCCCCAGCCCAGCGCAGUGACCAGCCCCCCUCGCACCCUGCAGAGGACUACGGGGUUGGAGCGGGACAGGGAGAUUGGGGACAGGGACGGCUGUCCGCCUGUGUUCCAGGUGAGACCUUGUGCCCCGCCCUGCCCGGAGCCCCACCCAGUGCGGACUGAGGGGCCGGUGAUCCGUAUAGACCUGCCUCGGAAGCGCUACCCGGCCUGGGACGCUCACUUCAUCGACCGCCGCCUGCGGAAGACCAUCCUGGCCCUGGAGGCCACUUCCCCAGUCACCCCCCGUCUGCAGUACCGCACCUUGGGGUCUCCUACGGAGGUGCUGGAGUACGAGACUACCGUCUGACCCCUCCCCUCACCAUCCUCCUUCACCCCCUCACUCUGUGUUCCUAGCAAAACUGGCUUAUACACCCUCCCCCCUCCUCUCUCUCUGUCACUGUAUCCAGACUCAGCCCAUGUCAUCCCAUGGUUCCGCUUCUGGAAGCUUUAACAGUGUGGGAGAGUAGAGGCAUGGGUAGAGGUGAGUGUAGCCAGGGUGCACCAACAGAACUGGUAGGAGUGUAUAAGUAUUACGGCCCCUUCCAUUGCACCCAUGUAACUUUAGAAUACAUUCAUCUGAUUGGUUUAGGGGCCCUUUCUGAAGUGACACCCACAGAACUGUACAAGAAAUGUUCUUAUAUGUGGUGCCACCAGUCACAGCAAGGAUCAAAGGUCAAGUGGUCAGAGUUCAGAAUGUUUAGAGCUCAGCCUACAAAGGCAGCAGGAGAUUCUGGUAGAAGGAGCUGUAAAUGGUAACAUUGUAUGGAAAAUAUUCAUAUUUUUAAUGGUGACAAUUCUCAUGAAAGUUUAAAAAAUUGCUAAAGGAAACUGAGUGCCUGGGAAUCAAGACUUAAUACUGCAGUGCCCAGCCAACUAAUGAUGCUCUCUCAGAUUGUCACCUUAACCUUGCAGCAAUUUUGUCGCGGCAUUGCACAGAUUUUACACUAAAGUUAUCUGUCAGUUGAGGUGUCAAAUUAGCAUUGAUAGAAGGGAGGAGCUGUGUGUUGAAUUGCUUCUGUAUGGUGCAAACUUUAUUACCUAUAUGGCAUAUCUGUAACUACUUAUUUACUUUUUAAAAUUAUUUUUGUACUCAGUGGCCAUGUCUUUGAUAUGAUUCUUAUGCUAUAAUAAUUAUAUACAUAUGAUUAUUUUAUUGUAUGUAUAUAUUAGACUGACAUGACAGACUUGAGUGGGUGUUUUUUAGUUUCUUUUUUGUUGGUCACAUGCUUCAUACAUCGCAUGGUGACUGAAGCAGGGUACAUAGUGAAGGGUUUAAUAAGAUAACAGGUUUCAGAGUAUCAACAUAUACUUCACACAUUCACAACCGUGCACAUUUACAGUGAGGACAUAAAAAUUGACAUAAAGACAUAAAUAUACCAGAUAAAACAUAGAAAAACACCAGACACAAACAAGGGUUUUAAUAGCGGUUUGUAUACAUGAAUUUAAAUAAUAAGUGUGUGGGUAUCCAGAGGCGGGUAUGGCAAUCUGAAUGUCACUGAAACAUUUUGCAUAGUGUUAAAUUUGAGUAUAUCUGACACAAAAACUGGGGAAAAUGUUCUCUGGCAGAGUUCACUGAACCCAUCAGCACAUGAGCAGCUUACUGUACUAGCUGGGGAAGAGCUGUUUCAGUGUUCAUGUCUGUGAAGUCGCAGAGAAAAGCUGUGAUGCUGAAUGUUUGUUAGGUGGGCAGAGUGAAGGCCUCUCGGUUUGUAUGUGGGAUCCCUUCUUCUCUCUCUUGCAGCUAAAAGUGUUUCCUCUGCCCAACUAAACCUCGCACUGCAUCAGUUUGUCUUUGAUCAACGCCUAAUAAACAGGAGUGCAGCCAACUCUCCUGUCUCUCUCCCCCUCUCUCUCUCUCUCUCUCUCUCUCUCUCUCUCUCUCUCUACCCUCUCGUUAUACCCUGUGAUGGAUAAGCAUUUAUAAUCCAAGUCUCACAAAACUUUUAUUUUUUGGUUCAUUCAGAAUUAUUAUUUUUUGUUAUUACAAGACCACAUAGAGAAAAUCUAAUGCAAUUGGACUGUCCUAGGUGAUCUGUGAUGCAUUUAAAUUUGUUAGA